CAGUCAUGGUUCGCCCGCUAAAUUGUAUUGUUGCUGUGUCCCAGAACAUGGGCAUUGGCAAGAACGGAGACCUACCCUGGCCCCCACUCAGGAAUGAGUUCAAGUAUUUCCAGAGAAUGACCAUGACCACAACCUCCUCAGUAGAAGGGAAACAGAAUUUGGUGAUCAUGGGUAGGAAGACCUGGUUCUCCAUCCCUGAGAAGAAUAGACCUUUGAAAGAUAGGAUUAAUAUAGUCCUCAGUAGAGAACUCAAAGAACCCCCACAAGGAGCUCAUUUUCUUGCUAAAAGUCUGGAUGAGGCCUUAAAACUUAUUGAGCAACCAGAAUUAAGAAAUAAAGUGGACAUGGUUUGGAUAGUAGGAGGCAGUUCAGUUUACCAGGAAGCCAUGAAUCAACCAGGCCAUCUUAGACUGUUUGUGACAAGGAUAAUGCAGGAAUUUGAAAGUGACACAUUUUUUCCUGAAAUUGACUUACAGAAAUACAAACUUCUUCCAAAGUACCCAGGUGUUGCUUCUGAUAUUCAGGAAGAAAAAGGCAUUAAGUAUAAAUUUGAAGUAUAUGAAAAGAAGGAUUAA